CUUUGUUUGUUGCAAGCCGCUGAUUUGACAACGUGCUGCGCCUGCGGUUUAAGCGGUAAUAUAACGCGCCUGGAGCGUUGCUUCAGCUCUACAUAUUCACCACUCAACUAAACUCUCAACUUUAGUCAGCUGUAGCCUUUCGAAAGUAGCUGAAGCUUUCCGUAGCGCAAUAACUCGAACUCUAUCUACGCUUUCAGCGCAACAGCUGUGGACUUUCACGUACAGCUUAGCGCGACUUACUCGCCCGAGAAGCAUUAGCAAACAACAUAUUCAAAUAACAUUAAACACACAAAAGUCAUGUCUCGCACAAUGGCACACAGACACACUGCGACGCGACGGCAUCCGCAAGCGUUAUGCAAUUCAGUCCUCGUCCUCAGCGUCGUGCUCCUGCUACACACACACAACUGCCAUGCGGACGGUAUGCAGCAUUUGGCGGACAGCGGUGGCGGCAUUGGCAUGGGUCCCCAUGCGUUGGAUGUGAGUCCCGCGCCGGGCUAUGGUCUGCCCGCCAUACCAAAAGAUCCGAAUUCUCGCUGCGAAGAGAUCACUAUACCAAUGUGUCGUGGUAUUGGCUAUAAUAUGACGUCCUUUCCGAACGAAAUGAAUCACGAGACGCAGGACGAAGCUGGUCUGGAAGUGCAUCAGUUUUGGCCGCUUGUGGAGAUCAAGUGCUCGCCCGAUUUGAAAUUUUUCCUCUGUUCCAUGUACACACCCAUCUGCUUGGAAGACUACCACAAACCAUUGCCCGUCUGUCGUUCGGUUUGUGAGCGUGCACGCGCUGGUUGUGCGCCCAUUAUGCAGCAAUAUAGUUUCCAAUGGCCAGAACGCAUGGCCUGUGAACAUUUGCCGCUGCAUGGCGAUCCUGAGAAUCUCUGCAUGGAACAGCCUUCGUAUACGGAGUCGGGCAGUGGUGGUGCAGGCGGUUCGUCAGGCAGCGGUUCUGGCGGCAGUGGUGGUAGUGGCGGCGGUGGUAAACGCAAGCAGUCUGGUUCUGGUGGUUCGGGUUCACAGAAAUGCAAAGGUGGCAAAAAUUCAAAAAACUGCCAAAAUUCCCUAGGAGAAAGAACAAACGCAAAGGAUUGCACGUGCUCGUGUCUCAAACCACUCCUGCUCCUGGGGAAGGAAGCGCUGAUGCAGCCACCACACAUGCACUACCCAUGGUACAUGAAUUCAACUGUACAAAGAAUCGCCGGCGUUCCAAAUUGCGCGAUUCCCUGCAAGGGCCCGUUCUUCACAAACGACGAAAAGGACUUCGCCGGCAUAUGGAUAGCCCUGUGGUCGGGUCUAUGCUUCUGCAGCACACUCAUGACGCUAACCACGUUCAUCAUCGACACCGAAAGGUUUAAGUACCCCGAGCGACCGAUAGUCUUUCUCUCCGCCUGCUACUUUAUGGUCGCUGUCGGUUAUCUAUCGAAAAAUUUUCUGCAGAAUGAAGAAAUCGCUUGCGACGGACGUUACCUGCGGGAGAGUUCGACCGGACCACACUCAUGUACGAUGGUUUUCCUACUCACGUAUUUUUUCGGCAUGGCAUCAUCGAUUUGGUGGGUUGUACUCAGCUUUACCUGGUUUCUGGCCGCGGGCCUCAAGUGGGGCAAUGAAGCCAUCACCAAGCACUCGCAAUAUUUUCAUUUGGCCGCCUGGCUCAUACCCACUGUGCAAUCGGUGGCCGUGUUGCUGCUUUCAGCUGUUGAUGGUGAUCCCAUACUCGGCAUCUGCUAUGUUGGCAAUCUCAAUCCGGAUCAUCUAAAGACAUUCGUGCUGGCACCGCUCUUUGUAUACCUCGUCAUCGGCACCACCUUUCUGAUGGCUGGCUUCGUUUCACUUUUCCGCAUACGUUCCGUAAUCAAGCAACAAGGCGGCGUCGGCGCCGGCGUUAAGGCGGACAAAUUGGAAAAGCUUAUGAUACGUAUUGGUAUCUUUUCCGUCCUCUACACCGUCCCCGCAACCAUCGUAAUCGGAUGCUACCUGUAUGAAGCCGCCUACUUCGAAGACUGGAUCAAAGCGCUCGCAUGCCCGUGUGCCCAGGUGAAAGGACCUGGCAAGAAACCACUAUACUCAGUGCUUAUGCUCAAGUACUUUAUGGCAUUGGCAGUUGGCAUUACAUCGGGCGUUUGGAUCUGGUCUGGUAAGACGUUGGAAAGUUGGCGUCGCUUUUGGCGUCGACUAUUCGGCGCACCUGAUCGCACCGGCGCCAAUCAGGCGCUCAUUAAACCGCGACCGCCCAUACCGCAUCCGUAUGCGGGCUCUGGCAUGGGUAUGCCCGUCGGCUCCGCGGCUGGUUCGCUGCUCGCCACACCAUAUACACAGGCGGGCGGCGCAUCGGUGGCUUCCACCAGUCACCACCAUUUGCACCAUCAUGUUCUUAAGCAACCGGCUGCGAGCCACGUAUGACAUGGAGAGUCAGGCGGAGCUUCAA